GUGUGCGUCGCGAAGCGGGCGGUGCCGUUUUUUAGUUUUUUUUACUACAUCCGGUAUGUUUCGAACCUUUUCAACGAGAGCAGCGAAGAAUGGAGCGAGCCGCUAACGCUCCGCUGUUAGCGUGAAAACAUCAGCCACAACAAGUGACAACCGCAAAACAACAACAACAAAAACCUUCACGUGAAGACGCCCGCCCGCCCCCCCCGAACACACCUCACGCGGGGCAGCCGUUGUACGUUUCGGGCGUGACAAAACAACCCCCCCCCGCGAGCCGUGUCCUGGUCGUCUGGAUAUUUAAAUCACAGAGAAGGUCUUCCACCCUCUCCUUCCUGUGACCGAUGUGGAUGCCAGAGAUCAGCCUGUCCAACAACUGUUAGAGGUGACAGGGUGAGGACCGAGGGGAGGAGGAGUGCCGGUUAGCUCUGCCAGGCUUUGUCUCAUGAGAGUGACCGUGCCAUCCAGGCACUGCCAGUGACCAGGGCUGUGGCUGUGGUGGGCCCGGCCCAGGAGGCCUUUUUGUACAUCACUCUGGGCUCCCGCUGACCUGUGCUGCUCACACCAUGGAUCAACCGAGAGAUAAAUAUGGCGAGCGGCCCGCCAGGAGCACUAAAGCAUCCCAGGGAAGCCGCAGCGGACACUCGUCCCGACCGUCCGGCUCCUCCGGCUCCUCUGGGGUUCUCAUGGUGGGGCCAAACUUCCGUGUGGGCAAGAAGAUCGGCUGUGGAAACUUUGGUGAAUUGAAGCUCGGUAAAAAUCUCUACACCAACGAGUAUGUAGCCAUUAAACUGGAACCAGUGAAGUCGAGGGCACCGCAGUUGCAUUUAGAGUACCGGUUCUACAAAACACUGGGAACCACAGCUGAAGGCGUCCCCCAGGUGUUUUACUUUGGGCCCUGUGGGAAAUACAAUGCCAUGGUUCUGGAGCUGCUGGGCCCGAGUCUAGAGGACCUCUUUGACCUUUGUGACCGCACCUUUUCACUGAAGACUGUCUUGAUGAUAGCUAUUCAGCUGAUUUCGCGAAUGGAGUUUGUGCACUCUAAAAACCUCAUCUACCGAGACGUGAAACCUGAAAACUUUCUCAUCGGCCGGCAAGGGAAUAAAAAGGAACACAUCAUCCACAUCAUUGACUUUGGUCUGGCCAAAGAGUACAUCGACCCCGAGACCAAAAAACACAUUCCAUACAGGGAGCAUAAGAGCUUGACGGGCACCGCCCGAUAUAUGUCCAUUAAUACACAUUUAGGCAAAGAGCAAAGCCGGCGAGACGACCUGGAGGCCUUAGGCCACAUGUUCAUGUAUUUCCUUCGUGGGAGUCUACCAUGGCAAGGUCUAAAGGCCGACACGUUGAAAGAACGAUACCAGAAGAUCGGAGACACGAAACGAAACACUCCCGUCGAGGUCCUUUGUGAGAACUUCCCAGAGGAGAUGUCCACCUACCUGCGAUAUGUGAGACGGUUGGACUUCUUUGAAAAGCCAGACUAUGAAUAUCUGCGGACUCUGUUCACCGAACUGUUUGAGCGAAAAGGAUACACCUUCGACUACACUUACGACUGGGUUGGCCGGCAGAUCCCCACGCCAGUGGGGUCUGUCCAUAUCGACUCUGGAGCGUCUGCUGUGACGAGAGAGAGCCAUCCUCACAGAGACCGCCCCUCACAGCACCCGCCAAUCAGAAAUCAGACAGCGGUCUCAGAUCGACGAGGAGCAUGGGAGGUGCAGCCCACACGCCAAGCAAACUCCUCCUAUCUGACCUCCCAACUGGCAGCGGACAGGCACGGGGGCUCAGUGCAGGUGGUCAGCUCGACCAACGGGGAGCUGAAUGCAGACGAUCCGCUGAAUGUUCAUUCCAACGCUCCCAUUACAGCUCAGGCAGAGGUGGAAGUGGUCGACGAGGCCAAGUGCUGCUGUUUCUUCAAGCGAAAACGGAAGAAGAACACGCCGAGGCACAAAUGAUCGUCCGCCAGCGGCGCGUCCGGCUCAGUUGAUUGUGAUUUCAGAAAUCAAUAAGGUCCCCUUUCCAGAAUAAAUUCGGGAGAUCUUGGUUGAAUUGCUCUGUGGAAGGGAAAUGGUUGGUUGAGAUGUUCAAGACGCUUGUGUCUUUUUGAUGGGAGUCCUUUUUUUUUUUUUCUUCUUCUUCUUCUUCUUCUUUUAUCCGCACGCCAGUCGUCCGAACUGGCAAGUUUUUUUUUUGUUGGCAUUUUGCAGAGGAUAAUCCUAUUUUUUGUUUUUCCUCCCCAAGACACACAGCAUUUGUAUUUAAAUUAUUUUUUUUCCUCUGGUUUUUGGCUUUUCUUUUUCUUCUGUGGGAUUGCAAAAGGAAGAGACGAAUCUUCCCGUCAUGCCACCGCCGGCCUGUUUGCAUACUAAGAUUUCUUUUGUUUGACUCUCAGAAUCACGUUUCGGUUUCCCCUCCUCGUCGAGUCCCGGGGUUCAAAGCGGUUUGGCCCCGCCCCCCCCCCCCCCAUCCCUGUUUCAGUUUGUCCUUUUUGGUCAUUCCUGGCGUGUGACUGAAUGUAAACCUGAACACACGAGGAGCCCGGAGUGUAACUGCCCGUCAUCCGGCACGAAGAGCAUCCGUCUGCCUUUUGGCCCCUGCACUUUUUUUUCUCUUUCCCCCAAAGAGGUCAACCCUGGCACCCUGGCACCCGAGAGAACCGAAGACCAGAGACGCCUUCCCGUUCCCCGGGGAUGCUUUCUGCGCACGCCGCCUGGUUAAAGCGCUCCCCCUUAACCACGCCCGCUGUCGACCAACACACUACAGUCUCGUUUGACUCGCAUGCAGCUUCGCGGUCGAUGAGCGGCGACCUAACGCUCGAACAUGGGGCCAGGGGGAAGAAAACGCAACGAAAAAAUAUGCUAUUUAUGUCUCGGUUGCCACCAGUUUUUCUUACUUCUUCUAAAAACAUACACACUGAAUGUAUGGACAGAAAUGUAAAUCACUCUGGAGCAUUUAUAUAAUCUGUCAUGCGCAUGGGAAGGAAAUUGCAGUUUAGGAGUUAAGACCAAUGUUUUAAAAAGAAAAACGUGGGGGGGAUAAAAAAAAAAAAGUGAGACCAAAACCAAGUGGAUUAAACGGUGGGAGGGUCUUUGAAAAGUUGUUGAUCUUUAAUAAUGUGACGGUUAUUAACAGACUCUUCACCAGUCGACACUGGGGGAUGUUGCUUUGGAGGGACGAUGGAUACUGGCGUGAUGUUGCCUCUCGACGCUCCUGUCCGAUGCCUUAACCCCCGACCGACCGACCAGUCGACCACCACACAGACACACACACACACACACACACACACCACAUCACCAGUUGGAUAAACUAGUUGGCAGCAUGAUGGUUGUUAGGUGUUUUUUUUGUGGGGGGGGGGGGGGUCACCUGUAAGUUGCAGACUGUUGAUGACUUUACUCCCAAGAGAGGUUUUGGUGUAAAACAACUCAAAUCUGUGAUGGCGUUGGGACGUCCCGGGCCCCUGCGUGUCCAGUCUGGAGACCCCUGAUGCUGCAAGGCGGCGUUUGGACGCCACCCCCCCGUUCCUCGCCUCGACGCCGCCGAGCGGAGGAGCGUCGGCGUGAGCGGACGAGUGAACAUGUUCAUCCCAUUUUUUUUUUUUUUUAUUUAGUGUCAUGGAGGACUGCCUUGAAACAAUAUCCUCGAUAUGUCACCUUGCCUAUCCUCCUAACAGAGAAUUACCGUACAUAGGUGUUUUAUUUUUUUAUGUUAUAUCUUGCUAAUGUGAAAUUUUUUUUGAAUGCAAUUAUUAUAAUUUUGUUUGUUUUGUUGUUUCUUCCAUUCCAAAUAGCCAUGGUUUUAUGGGGAAAGAGAGGGUAACAAAAAAAGCUUGAGACCAUGACUGCACUACAUUUGUUGACCCCGGCUUUCCCUGAGGAGACCCUGCCUUCUUAAUACUGUACUUUAAUCGUGCUUAUUACUUUAAUUGUAGCUGCCUCGUGUGCUCGGCCUUCCCUCUAGGGUGCAGGGAAUACACUUUAAAUUGACUUCUCCCCGCCUACUCGUUUUUGGGGGUUUUUUUGUGCCAUUUAAGCCCUCCUUUUUUUCUCAACACACACGUAUGUCCUAGGUGAAUCAACUCUCACCUUCUCCAUCAUCUUUAGAAUUACAAUGUGUUGGCUGUUGCAAACUCUCAAUGACUCCGUAUGUAAACCUGCUUGUUGCGUGUAUUUACACUGUAUAGCUUUCGGUUUAUUCUCUCACCCCCCCGACACACGUCAGUCGCUCCGGGGGUCUAAGUUAUUGUGUUAUUGAAAGUACUUGAAUAUAUAAAAAAAAAAAAAAUCUACGGGACCUUUUUUCUAUUGUUUUGUUUUUAUCUUGGUCAUUUAUCAUUGUUGUUCCACACAUAGGAUUUGAAUGACAGGUGUUCAUUUUCUUUGAGACGUCUUAGUGCCUCUUGAGUGUGUCGGGACACAUGGAAUCAUGUUUUAGUUUUUUUUUUUUAUCUCUGUGAAAACAUUCACCGUAAUGUAUUUUUUUUUGGGGGGGGUGGGGGGUUGUUCCGCCAAACCAUUCCAGCUUCUGGAGAAGAGUUGAAAGUGUUUCAUGUGCAGUGAGUUGGAUCUCCAGACUCUUUGGUCCCCCCCACGAGUUCUCCGAGUGCCAUUCCUACGACGACUACGACGACUACUAGCCCCUUGCCUUUCACCUGUGCCAGGUCGAUAUGAAGUUGAAUGUGUUUCUGACCAUCGCAUUCCACCGUGUGUCCUUUUGACGUGUUCACUGUCAUUUUUUGGGGGGUCGGGGGGAAACCCGCAAAAGCAGCGUGGCCCAAUUCAGUACCAGGAAAGUGUUUCACGCGUCACUUCCGGUGGGUUUCUUUCUGUUAUUGUUGAAACCAACGCCAAUUUAUCGAGUCUUAUUAGUAUUAUUAUUACAGAGUCUGAUUUUGUGGCCGGUUGUCUUUCGCAAAAAAAAAACACAUCUGCUUCUUCCUUUUUCUUUUCUUUUUUUUAACUGCGUGUCGUCCAGCUGAAAUGGUAGAUAUCGAUAUAUUACUCUGGUGUGUGUGUGUGUGUGUGUGUGUGUGUGUGUGUGUGUGUGUGUGUGUCGGCGACUGUCGGGUCAGUGAGACGUGACGUCACGGCCGCCAGUCCUCGUGUAAAAAAUAAAUGUCUUCUCCCGGCAGUGUGUGUGUGUGUGUUCAAAGCUGUGUUAAUGAAAAGCAAAGGACGGUUAACGUGUGAAUGAAUGGCUUUCGGUCUUUAUGGGUUUCUCUGGCACUUUUCUUCCUUGUUGCUGUAACUGUAGAAAUUGUCUUGGAUUUACUGUAUUGUAUUGUUUUCUUUUCUUUUGAGGGAGAGGUUUAAGGGUGACAUUUACUGCAAUAUUGUGGUGAUUAUUUUGUAAAUUGUACAGAGUUCACAAUUAUACUCUUUGUUCUUUCUGUUGGGAUUCCAUAUCAAAUAUGUAUUCUUUGAUAUUUUUUAUUUCCCCCCCCCUCUCUCAGACUGUGGAAAAUCAAAUUGUACAGCUCCAAGAGUUUAUCCUCAGCUCAGCAUUGAUUAUUUUUCUUCUUUUUUCAGAGCUAUGAUUAAGAGAAAUCUUCAAACUGUAAAUAUAUAUUAUUGUGUUGAAAUAUGAAUGUCACUUCAAACAUGUAUUUGAAUGAGGUAGUCGAAGGACCCACAUUUCUUCUUUUUAUGGUUUCGUAUUUUUUUAUUUACAGAAAGGUAAAGGUCCUUUUUUUUUAUCUGAAAUGCCUGUUUUUUUUUGGUUUUUGUUCCUCCUUGGAUUCAUAUAAUACAAUGUGUCACACAUGAACCUUAUAAAAAUCACUUUUUAUUCCCUCCACACCUAAAGGGAAACUCCAGUUUGCACCCUUUUUUAAUGUCAAAUAAAAGAUCUCUCCACCUUGA